UGUGAUCCUGUGUUCUCUGAUCCUCCUCUUCUUCAGAUGUCCCCUUCUUAACUCCUAAUAAGACAUAUCAUGUGGAGUCACUCUGCACAUGUUCAGUUUGGUGUGUUUUUUUUUUCUUGGGAGAGUGCAUGUGAUCAGCACAAGGCCAAUCAGCACUGUCCAGACAGAGGUCAGGGGUUCUGCAUCCUCCUAGAGCAGAAAGAAAACUCCUCCUAUAAGGUUUAACCAGUGCUCAGCUGGACACUGAUAGAAGCCACAAGACUGCUCUAACUGCUGAUGAGAAAAGGUAGUUAGCAGUUUAUAUUUACUAAAAUAA